UUGGCGCGUAAAAGUGGCCGGGACUUUGCAGGCAGCGGCGGCCGGGGGCGGAGCGGGAUCGAGCCCUCGCCGCGGCCUGCCGCCAUGGGCCCGCGCCGCCGCCGCCGCCUGCCACCUGGGCCGCGCGGGCCGUGAGCGCCAUGGCCGUGGCCGGGGCCCCCGCGGGCGGCCCAUGCGCGCCGGCGCUGGAGGCCCUGCUCGGGGCCGGCGCGCUGCGGCUGCUCGACUCCUCGCAGAUCGUCAUCAUCUCGGCAGCGCAGGAAGCCAGCGCCCCGCCAGCUGCAGCUGGCCCUGCCGCGCCCGCCGCCGGCCCCUGCGACCCUGACCUGCUGCUUUUCGCCACGCCUCAGGCGCCCCGGCCCACACCCAGCGCGCCGCGCCCCGCGCUCGGCCGCCCGCCGGUGAAGCGGAGGCUGGACCUGGAAACUGACCAUCAGUACCUGGCUGAGAGCAGUGGGCCAGUCCGGGGCAGAGGUCGCCACCCAGGAAAAGGUGUGAAAUCCCCGGGGGAGAAGUCACGCUAUGAGACAUCCCUGAAUCUGACCACCAAACGCUUCCUGGAGCUAUUGAGCCGCUCAGCUGAUGGUGUUGUCGACCUGAACUGGGCGGCUGAGGUGCUGAAGGUGCAGAAACGGCGCAUCUACGACAUCACCAACGUCCUCGAGGGCAUCCAGCUCAUUGCCAAGAAGUCCAAGAACCACAUCCAGUGGCUGGGCAGCCAUGCCACGGUGGGGAUCGGUGGUCGACUUGAAGGGCUGACCCAGGACCUCCAGCAACUGCAGGAGAGCGAGGAGCAGCUGGACCACCUGAUGCACAUCUGCACGACGCAGCUGCAGCUGCUUUCUGAGGAUUCGGACAGCCAGCGCCUAGCCUAUGUGACAUGCCAGGACCUUCGUAGCAUUGCAGACCCUGCAGAGCAGAUGGUCAUGGUGAUCAAAGCCCCUCCUGAGACCCAGCUCCAAGCUGUGGACUCUUCAGAGACUUUUCAGAUCUCCCUUAAGAGCAAACAAGGCCCCAUCGAUGUUUUCCUGUGCCCUGAGGAGAGUGUGGGCGGGGUCAGCCCUGAGAACACCUCAUCCCAGGGGGCAGCUUGUGGGGAGGAAGACAGGGCAGCUGACCCUGCCACCACAGUGCCACCACCACCAUCUCCCCCCUCAUCCCCCACCACGGAUCCUGGCAAGUCCCUGCUCAGCCUAGAGCAAGAACCGCUGUUGUCCCGGAUGGGUGGCCUGCGGGCCCCUGUGGACGAGGACCGCCUGUCCCCGCUGGUGGCGGCCGACUCACUCCUGGAGCAUGUGCGGGAGGACUUCUCCAGCCUACUCCCUGAGGAGUUCAUCAGCCUCUCCCCGCCACAUGAGGCUCUCGACUACCACUUUGGCCUUGAGGAGGGUGAGGGCAUCAGAGACCUCUUCGACUGUGACUUUGGGGACCUCACCCCCCUGGAUUUCUGACGGGGCCUAGGGGGACCAGGGUCUCCUGAGAUGCCCACCCAGUGUCUGCAGCCCUGGAGCCCCCUGCCCCUGGCCGUCCUCCCCACUCCCCCGAUUGGAAACGUUUAAUUUAUACUCCUCUCUCCUAUCUUCAGUGGCGUCUAGCUCUGGGGUCUGGCUACUGCCAGGAGGCUGAGCAAGCCUGGAAGGGAAGGAUUCUGUGUGUGUGGUGUGUAUGUGCAUGCACUCAACACCCUACACGUGUGUGCCUGGGCUGAGUGUGAUGUGUGAGCAUGUGUGUGUGCAUGUACCGGGGAAUGAAGGUGAACACAUCUGUGUGUGCACUGCAGACACGCCCCAGUGUGUCCACAUGUGUGUGCAUGAGUUUACGUGUGCAAGUGGGGGGGCUCUAACUGCACUUUUGGUCUUUUUGCUCCGGGGGCCCCACAAGGCCCAGGGUGGCCGCCUGCUCCCAGAUUCCUGUGCACUGACCAGGCCGGGCAGGGAGGCCUUGGCUGGCUGGGUUUGCAGGACAGCGAGAGCACUUCUGUCUUAAAGGUUUUUCUGAUUGAAGCUUUAAUGGAGCGUUAUUUAUUUAUCAAGGCCUCUUUGGCAAGCCUGGGAACCAGCAAUGGGUAGGAGGGUGGGGCUCAUACCCUGACUCCCUAUACCCCUGGGCUAGGGCAGGGGUCCCUGAGCUGUUCUUUCACCCCACCCCGAAGGAGCUGAGGCCUGAGUGAUUUAUUUAUUGGGAAAGCGAGGGAGGCAGACAGAUUGACUUGACAGCCAUGAGUGGGUGGAUGGUGGGGUGGGCCCUCUCCAGGGGGCCACUUCAGCUGCGCCCCCAGGAUGGAUAUGAGAUGAGAGAAGUGAGUGGGGGACCUUCACUGACAUGGGCAGGAGGGGUGGCGAGGGGGCCCUCCUGUGGUGUUAACGUGCCCCCUUUCGUUGCUCUGCCCCACCCUCCAACCUGCACUUUGAUUUGCUUCCUAACAGCUCUGUUCCCUCUUGCUUUGGUUUUAAUAAAUAUUUUGAUGAUG